AAAUGAGCGAAUAUCUAAACAAAGUAAUUGUUAGCUUGUUUCAUUUGGUUCUAUUGGUUUUUCAUGUUGAUAUAUAUGACCAAAUUUCGCGACUUAAAUCUAUCACAAGUCAUUUAGAAAGUGCUUGGACAAUGUAGGCUGUAUAUUGAGCGAGUACUUAGUUGACUAUCAUACUAAUUUUCCUUCACCCUUGUUACUUUUGGUGCGCCUCCGUUUACAGCACACAUAAUGUAAAUGAAAGUGAUAUAGUACAAUUUUUAGGGUCCUAUGGCAAAUUAAUUUUUCAGCCUAAGACUGAAUCGUAGCAAACUAAUCAAAUAGGUAGUCUCCGGAUCUUCCCAUCGAAUCAUACUUCGUAGUUCAACUGGGAUUAAGUUACCUUUUGCACACAUCCGUUUUACCACUCAGUUUUGGAACAACUUGUUGAUGGCGUUUUCCAAAUUCACCGAUUUAGUUCAAAACUCUGGCAUGUGCUAUAAUGUGACUCAAUAGGUUUGUCACAGAAGUGGCUGGAUACAAACAUCGGUAAAAUGAGUUGAGAUAUAUGAUAAUCCAUAUAAACACAAUGGAGCAGAAGAACGAAGCACAGAUAUGCUAGAGUAUGUCUAUUUGUUUAUUUUCUAGUGUGUUGCUUUGGGCACCCGAUUGAAGAUGAUACCACAUCACUUUUUGAUCGUAAACCAUUACCACAUUCGCCGAGCUAUAUGACUGAUAAUCCCCUCAUAAGUCAGGAUUAUUUAUUUAUUUGAACACAAAUAUUGGUACAAAGGGGCACCACAUGCAUAUGCACCACACAAGUCACUUGUUUUUUGUGUGACCUGUGAUACUGCUCGGGUGCCCAAACCGAAGUAGGUGGUUUUCUUAGGAGGCCAAACCCGGAGCCUUCGACCUAAAUAUCUGAGCCAUAAGGAGAUUCAGUCCCGGGAUAGCCAGUGACCAACAAAUUCGCACGUCAUUUGUUUCCAACUCCCCUAAGUUGGUCCUCCAUAUCCAUCAACCCCGUUGAAGCGCGCCGCCCACUCGCUUUUUGUCCUCUCGAUUUCAUAAACAACACCCGUGGUGCGAGAAGGCAGUGAUUAGGAAUUCUCUUUCUCUCAACCACUUGACUUACAGUCAUUAGAUCACAGAUUAAGGUCGAGUUUUAUCUGCGCCAUCUCGGGCAACUGAUGAAGGUAGUAUGGUUCGAAAUUGGCCACAUAGACCUUGACUUGGUAAAUGGGCAAUAUUUAAUUUAGAUGAAUUAUAGUUCAAGAUUAAUUACGUGUUUGACAAAACUUAAAUUUAUUACACAUUUCCAACGUUUUAUCGCUGCGUUCUUAUUAUGUCUACCUAAAAGCUGAUACGAUUAUCUUAGUAUUAUUUGUUAAUCUUCUUUUCUUCAUGCGAUGAACUGUACGUUAUUAUCGAUGUAACUUAUUGUCCAUAUUUCUUUCAUCACUUUAUUUCAUAUUUUAUUCAUUUUAAUCAGUCAGUUAUAAUACACUGCAAUUAUACUUGCCCCACUGUCCUCGUUUGUUUGUAGAUGCAAAUCAAAGAAACAUCUGAAUUGUAUGUUCGAUGCAGUACAAUAUGCUUCGAUCGAUGUGUUAGCAAUUUUACUUCACGUAAAUUAAAUGAUAAGGAGACCGAAUGCGUCAAUAAAUGUACAGAAAAAUUCGCCAAAAUGAACCAACGUUUAACACUUAGACUAUUUGAGUUGAAUCGUGAAGAAUUAGUUAAACAGUAA